AUGUUGGACUUCCUCAAGAUAGACUGGCUCAGUCUAACGAUCCCGUUGGCCUAUCUCGCCGUCCUUGUCGGCUCCCUCGCAACAUUUUCCUCCCUCUACCGCAAACGCAAGAUUCAAAAAGCCAGCUCCCUAAAGCCAUGGUUUCCGGCACACCUCCAGCGCGAUAUAUACUUCUCAAUUCUCCACAUGGAGAAGAAGGCACCUGAGACCAUAUUGAAGGCCGCACUACUACACCGCGCAGCAGAAGACAUUAAGCGGCUUCUUGAACUUAGAACAAAGAAAGCCGCAUUGGGAUCAUUGCUACAGAAGGGUAACGUGGGUGAUGACCUAUGGCAACAGUUUACGAGAGCAGAGAAAGAAAUGGAGGAGGAAUUCAGAGACGUGGCAUCAGAGGCCAACGCCUAUACCCCCGGCUGGGGCCAAGUUAUUUUCCAGUCCGCAAAUGAGAUGUUCCUGAACGGUAUGGCACGAGCCGAUAUAAAUGCUCUCCAAGCCACCGUCACAGAGGAAAAGGAAUGGUGGGAUCGCAAACGGGCAAGCAUACAAGAAGGCUUCAUGAAAGAACUUGAACAAGAGAAGAGUGGGACAACAGAAAGCUCCAAAACCAAGGGUGGAUCUACGGGUGAUAAUACGCAGCCUGGCAGUGAUGAGGAUACCGUCCUUGUGGAUGUGGCUAGCUCUACCGGCUCCGCAGCUGGCUCUGUGAGCGGAGGGGGGAAGAAAAAAAAGAAGGGAAAGAAAUAA